AUGACUGACAUACAAAUACAAAAUCAAACUAGUAAUUUGAAUGCUAGUAAAAAAGAAUUUGAGAAUAGAUAUGAUGAUAAAGCAUUAAGAAAUUUAUGUGUAAAAAAUAUACCAAAAGAGACAAAAGAAAAUGAAUUAUUGGAUUUAUUUAAACAAUUUGGUUCUAUAGAAAGUAUAAAGCUUAAAGUAAAUAAAAAUGUAGGACCUUAUGCUAUUUAUGCCUACGUUCUUUUUAGCACUCCUGAGGAGGCUAAAAGAUGUCUAAAGCAAAUGAAUGGAAAAAUUUUAAAGGGGAGAGCUUUAAGAAUAGAUUUUAAAAGAUAUAAUAAUAAAAACAAUGAUGAUGAAUGUAAUAUUUUUAAUAAUUACAACAAUAAUAAUAAUAAUGGAAACAAUAAUAAUAAUAAAUACCAUCGAAAGGAUGGUUCAUUAAAUGAUGAUAAUAACAAUACAAAUGAUUCAGAGACAAAUUUUCGAGAUUAUGAGCAAAUGAAUAAAAGACCUCGCAUUGGUAUCAUGAAUGAUAAUACUAAUAAUGGAAAUAGAAAUAUGAACAGCAAUAUUAAUUAUAAUAAUAUUAGCAAUAUAAAUAGUAACUUAGAUUUUAACAAAUUAUUAAAAGAUUACGGAGAAAAAAAGUUACUGAACAAUUUUAAUAAUGAAGAUAAAAAUAAUGAGAUUGAGAAUAUUAUACAAAAUUUAAUUACAGAUAUGAUAAAUAAAUCAUCCAGAAUAAAACUAUAUUUGUGUGAUCAUUUGAGGCAAUGUGCUCAGCAUGUUUUUAAUAGGCCAAUUGCAAAUCAGCAUUUAAUUAAUAACGGUGUUAAUAACAGUGGCAUAGAUAUUAAGACGAAUGCAUUUAAUUUAAAUAAUUCUUUAUAUAAUCAACAAGAUAAGCAAAAUAUAUCUUAUUUAAAUAGUGCAAAUUUAAAUGAAGGAAAUAUUUUUAAUAUGAAUGAUAAUAUAAAUAACAUUGAAACAACAAUACAUGCUAAUUCGAAUAUUCCAAAUAAUAAUAUUAUUUUAAAUAACGAUGUAUCUAAUAAUAUAAAAAAUUUUAUAUGGAAAGGAAGUUUAGAAAUGAGAAAUAAAGAAAAUUUAAAAAUAAUUGGUCAUGCAUUACAAGGAAAUGUCAGUGAUUUUUUAAACAAUAAAAUUACAAAUAUAGUUAUAAGUCAUAGAAAAAGAAUGAAAAGCAUACCUAAAAUUGAAGCUGCAUAUUAUUUUGAAAUAGAAAAUGAACAAGAUGAAAAUAUAUUCAAUUCUUAUAAAAAUUAUUUUAAUAGCAAAGAUAGAGUUGGCUUAGCGUCAACAAAUGAAGAUUGGCAUAUAUAUAUUAUUUUUCCAGGUAGUCCUAUUUUUAAUGAAUUUUUUAAUAAUAAUUUAAAUAAUAUUUUUAUAGGAGUUGUAUGCUAUAACCCACAAUAUAUAGAUAAAAAAAUUGCACCAUCAUUAAUGAUGCAAAACUUAGAAAAUAUGGAUAAUUUAAAUCAAAAUAAUUUGGGAAAUUUAAAUAAGAGUAAUAUGCAUAAUAAUAUUACUAAUUCUAAUUUAAAAUUAAAUAACAAUAUGAAUAAUUCAAAUAUUAUUGAGAAUAAUAUGAUAAAUAUAUACAAUGAUAUGUUAAAAGGAAAAGAAAACAACCUUAAUACAUCUAAUUAUCAUUUUCAUAAUAACCCAAUCAAUCUAAAUAAUAACGCAGGUAACGAAGAUAAUAUAAAUAGCCAUAAUAUUUCAAAAAGUCAAAAUAAUAAUAAAGACGAUUAUUCAAGUGAAACACAUAUUUUAAAUCAAAAAGUUCUUCAGAAAAACAAUUCUAAUUCUCAAGGUAAUGAUAUGUCUUUUAUAAAUAAUUCUCUCAUUAAUACGAAUGAAGUAAAUAAUAAAGAAGAAAAUAAAAAUGAUAUACCCAAUUGGCUUAAUCAAUUUAGUUCGUUAGCUGCAUACCUUGUUAAAAAGUAG